AUGACCGAGUACAAACUAGUGGUUGUAGGUGCUGGUGGCGUCGGUAAAUCCGCAUUGACUAUACAAUUGAUACAAAAUCAUUUCGUUGACGAAUACGAUCCGACUAUCGAGGAUUCCUAUAGGAAGCAGGUAGUGAUUGACGGUGAGACUUGCUUGUUGGACAUUCUUGAUACGGCUGGUCAAGAAGAGUAUUCCGCUAUGAGAGAUCAGUAUAUGCGAACUGGGGAGGGUUUCUUGUUAGUCUUUGCUGUGAAUAGUGCCAAGAGUUUUGAGGACAUAGGGUCUUAUAGGGAGCAGAUAAAAAGAGUGAAGGAUGCAGAGGAAGUUCCCAUGGUAUUGGUUGGUAACAAGUGUGAUCUCCAGGCUUGGGCUGUGGACAUGACACAGGCGCGAGAAGUGGCGCGAAGUUACGGAGUACCGUUUGUUGAGACAUCAGCCAAAACAAGAAUGGGCGUUGACGAUGCAUUCUACACUCUAGUCCGGGAAAUACGCAAAGACAAGGAAAGCCGCGGCAAAAAGUACAGGCGGGGUACGAAGCUAGGCUCCCGGCGUACAAAAUGUACGCUUAUCUAA